CCCUCUCAAUUUUCUCUCUCCCCAAACAACCCUUUCUUUCUCCCCCCCCCCCAAAAUAAAAAAAUAAAUGGGUACUUUAGUGGGACAUGUUGCACCGGGUUUUGCCUUCUUUGCACUUGGUUUAUGGCAUCUUUUUAAUCACGUCAAGCUACAUGCUUUAAACCCAAGUUCCUACACAUCUUUCCCAUGGUUCCCCACGUCGAAAUUUAGGUACUUAGAGCAGGUUUUGAUCAUGGUUUGCUCAUCGAUCUCCAUAUCCAUGGAACUCUUCAUUGGCCCUGCAGGACACCAGCCUUUCGAUCCCGACGGAACGAUCCCUUCAAACCAUCUCCACAAUUUCGAACACUCGGCUAUAUCGAUGACGUUCUUCGUCUAUGCAGCUUUCUCCAUCGUGCUCGACAGAAUCAGUAACAUAAACCCCAUUGCUAAGUCUAGCCUGACGCAGCUUCUUGGAGCGGUUGCCUUUGCUCAGCAGCUGUUCUUGUUCCACCUUCACUCGGCUGAUCACAUGGGAGUCGAAGGCCAAUACCAUUUGCUUCUACAAAGUGCCAUUGUUGUGUGUUUAGUGACUACCCUAAUGGGAAUAGGGUACCCUAAGAUCUUCCUGGUGAGCUUUACCAGGUCUUUAAGCAUAUUGUACCAAGGGUUAUGGCUUAUGGUCAUGGGGUACAUGCUUUGGACACCGGAACUGAUCCCGAAAGGCUGUUUCAUCCACCUCGAAGAGGGUCAUCAAGUGGUUCGAUGCUCAAGCGACGAGGCACUUCAUCGAGCUAAAUCGUUGGUGAACAUCGGAUUCAGUUGGGCUCUUAUCUGUGUCACCAUUUUCGCUGUGAGUUUCUACUUGGUUUCGGUCAAGUUCUAUGGGGAAAAAGUUGAGUAUUCCACAUUGGAACAACGUGAAGAUGAGAAAUUUGAGCUUGGAGAUGAUGAUUUUGAAGAUGUUGAAUCACAAAAGGGUCAAAGCAAACUACAUGGUGAGCCUAAAAGCUUCAUUCAUAUGGGAAAAGGGUAUGCAAUUAUGGACAUUGAAAGGUAGAUUACAUGUGUCAAGAAGGUGAAUAUGUGUACAAAGUUUUAGUUUUUUUAGGUAGAAUUAUAUCCCACUUUGGUCUUAAUUAAGCUUUGCAAAUAAUUUGGGGGCUUAAUGAAACAGCAAGAAAAUGUCUUGUUUGGACUAAUAGGGGAGAGUUUGGUGCGAAAUAUUGUUUGGUUUGAAUUCAUGGGAUUUGGCGUUUGAGGUGUUUUCAUCUUGGUUUGUAUGUAUACACAAAGUUGUUUAAUAAAAAAAAUUAAAU